AUGGAUAAGUUGAUCACUAGGAUUAAGGUGGCCAACAAAUGUCCACCAAUCACGCACCUGUUUUUUUCGGAUGAUAGUUUACUUUUUUGUAAGGUUGAAAAGGAACAGUGUGGAGCUAUCUUGGAUAUUUUAAAGAAGUACGAGGCCGUCUCAGGACAGCAAAUUAAUUUUGCAAAGUCUUCGGUACAGUUUGGUCAUACGGUUGAUGAGGGGGUACGAACGGAGAUGCAGGGGGUUCUUGGAAUAACCAAUUUGGGCGGCAUGGACUCAUAUCUAGGAUUACCAAAGAGUUUAGGUGAGUCUAAAACACAGGUCUUCUCUUUUGUUCGGGAUAAACUCCUAAAUCGGACAAAUGGUUGGACGGCGAAGUUACUUUCAAAGGGAGGGAAAGAGGUGAAGAUUAAGUCUGUUGCGACUGCUGUUUCGACUUUUGUGAUGUCUUGCUUUCGGAUACCGAAAAUGAUCACAUCCAAACUUACUAUUGCAAUGGAAAAAUUUUGGUGGAGUACAAAUGGUCAGUCAGGGGGCACGCAUUGGCUUGCCUGGGAGAAAUUAUGUUGUAGUAAGCAAUUAGGCGGUUUGGGGUUUAGGAAUGUGGACGAUUUUAAUUCGGCAUUGUUGGCUAAGCAAUUAUGGCAUCUGAUUGAGUUUCCCGACUCACUGUAUGCCAGGGUUUUCAAAGGUGCAGGAUGGAUUUGUACGGCGUCUCAGGAUUCGUCACACAUUAUGGGAGCUACCAAUUUCCGACGAAGUCUCUCCCCCUUACAUGCUGAAGUAGAAGCUUUCAUCUGGGCUAUGUGUUGCAUGAUUGGACAUGACUACCGGGAUGUGGCUUUCUAUACUGAUUGUUCAGACUUAGUGAAGAUGGUGUCUUCUCCUCAAGACUAG